AUGUAUUGUUCCUCUCAACACGUUCUGAAAAUUCCUAGAGUUGUGAAUGUCGUCCAUAAAAUAUCAAAUCUUACUCGGUCAACAAAGUUAGGAGCUGCAAUAAUAAAUGAUACACAACAUUCACAAUUAAUUCAGAGAAGUUUUAGCAGUAAGAAAAGUCAAAACAGUGAAAAUUUUUACCAAUAUUCAUACAAACGUUUAUGCUAUUCUUUAUUAUUUGCUACUGCUGCAUAUUCAUCCUACAAAAUCUGGAUUAGAUACCAAGUAUUUCCUUCAAUAACAGCUGCUGAAGAAAUAUCUGACUCUGACUCUGACAGUGAAUUGGAUACAAAGAAGAAAAGAUACAGAAAAGAAAAGAUUGGUUUCAGGGAUCGAAAGAUUAUAGAAUAUGAAAAUCGUAUGCGAGCCUACUCUACCCCAGACAAAAUAUUCAGAUAUUUUGCAACUGUUAAACUCACCUAUGGUGAUAGCACUGAGAUCUAUAUGACUCCUGACGACUUUUUAAGAGCAAUUACUCCUGGCAUGAAACAGCCUGAUGGUUUGGGCCUUGAUCAGUACAGAAGAUAUGAUCCGAAGAGUAUCAGCCAACGCCUGAAUCUAGAUCUAGACGAAGAUUCGAUAUUUUACAAACUUGGAUCAUCUGGCCUGAUCACAUUCAGCGACUAUAUUUUCCUGUUGACCGUCUUGUCGACAUCGCGUCGUCACUUCGAAAUAGCAUUCCGCAUGUUCGAUCUGAACGGUGACGGUGACGUGGACUGCGAGGAGUUUGAGAAGGUGGCCGCCCUCAUCCGCCAGCAGAGCAGCAUCGGGUCUAGGCACCGUGAUCACGCUAACACUGGCAACACUUUCAAAGGAAUCAACUCCGCCCUUACAACUUAUUUCUUCGGACCAAAACUAAACGAGAAAUUGACGAUUGAAAAGUUUUUGGAUUUCCAACAGCAGCUUCAGAAAGAAAUACUUUCUCUUGAGUUCCAAAGGAAACAACCGGACGAGACUGGUCGUAUUACGGAAGCAGAUUUCGCUGAACUGCUGUUGGCUUACGCAGGAUACCCAGCCAAGAAGAAGGCUAGAAUGUUGAAACGCGUCAAAAAAGCAUUCCGCGACCACGGAGUCGGUAUAACAAAAGACGACUACCUGAAAUUCUUCCACCUGUUGAGCAAUAUAAACGACGUGGACACAGCGCUCACGUUCUACCACAUAGCGGGCGCGUCCAUAGAUCAGCCAACGUUGAUACACGUGGCGAGAACAGUGGCCCACGUCGAGUUGGACCCGCACGUUAUCAACGUGGUGUUCACUCUAUUCGACGAGAACAUGGACGGUCAACUGAGUAACAGGGAAUUCGUGGCGGUGAUGAAGAACCGUAUCCUGCGCGGGCUAGAGAAACCUAAGGAUACGGGAUUCGUGAAACUGAUGCACUCGCUAGUCAAAUGCGCAAGGGACACUAAACCAGCUAUACUGGACUUUACUUCUUAGAAAAGAGAACGCAUAAUCAAUAAAUAAGAUGAAAGCAGUACCGUACGUACAUAUUUAUUUCUGCAAAUAUAUUGUAAUUUUUUUAAGUCUUGAGUCAAAACUCAACGAUUUCAUUAUUUUGUUAUACUGUCAAAAGAUGGCAUUGGUUAUUCUAAUUUUAUUUUUAAUAAUGGCAAUAUCAAUUUAUAGUUAUAUAUUUUUCGCUAGUAAAGGUUUAUUUUGGUUAUAUAAACCAGUAUAAAAUCCAUAGCUUACUAUAGUGGUAAUUUUGCAAGCGUGCAACAGAAAAUGUCACCUGAACCAGGGAUUCCCAAACUUUUUCAGGCAAAAGACCCCUUUUUAUAAUAAACUGAUAUCUUAGCCCAUAAUCAAGAUACUUUAAAAAUCCAAUCUAUAUAUGAAGUUUUUUAAAAAAUAUUAUUUAUCAAUUGAUAGCAAAAAUUCAACAGUUUGUAAUGUAAAACUUAGUUAACAUUUUAUAUAUAUUAUUAUAUUGUUUGACCCCGGUACAAAUUAAUUCAAUUAAUAAAUUCAAUCGCAACAUUAAAACUGUCUAUGCACUAAACUUCUUUAUUUCUGCUGAGGACAUUAUUUAUCUACGUAUAAUAGUGUUUCUCAAAGUGUGCAUCGUAUUUUGGGAGACCAUGGAAAUAUUAUUCAAAUUGCGGCAAAUGAUCGGAGUCAAAAUAAUAUAUGUCUAUAAUUUUGAUAAAAAAUACACAUAAAGAUGAUGCUUUAAUUUAGGGUUUUAUGUAAAUAUUCAGUUUCCAAAGGGGUUCAAUAGCCAAAACAGUUUGAGAAUAAAUUU